AUGGUGGGGAAAAGCCCGGACGCCAAAGGUCAGGGUGCCAACGGGGAGGCCAGCUGCUGGGGAGGACAGCGCUGCUGCUCCGGCAGGACGGCGCCCCCCAGCUCGCUGCUGGCUGCCCUGCUGCUGUCGGCGGCGUCCAUCGCUUCCUGCGUGUAUCUGGGGAUGAAGACCAGUGACCUUCAGGCCAGGGUCUUGGCCAUCGAGACGGCCCAAGGGGACGGAUCUGCUGCUGCUGCUGCUUCCUACCAGCUGCUGCCCAGCUACUCUUUGGAUCAGCUCAAUGCACUGAUGAAGGAGAACGUGGAGCGGCUUCUGGCUCAGGUGGGGUGGCCUUGGGAGGCUGAGGGUGGGACUCCCAGGAAGAGACAGUUAGCCAGCCACCUCAGGAAUGCCUCUCUGUUUACUGA